GUAUAAUCGUCCAUGGCGAGUCUGUCGAGUUUAGUCCACGAACUUCGAGAACGCAUAGCAGCUUCAUCAUCUACACCUCCUAAUAUCCGAAACGACGAUGCAUUGGAGGUCCGAUUUCGUGCCGUACUUCCCAAUCUUCUCAAUGCCUAUGUCGUUCCGUCUGCCUCAGCGAACGAGAGAGAGGUUUUUGCAGUGCUAAAGCUCAUAGCACACACCGCUAAGAACUUUCCUGGAGUAUUUUAUCAUGGCAAAGCUGGUGCUGUUCUUCCUGUGAUAGGACGUAUAUUGCCAUUUUUGGCUGAACCUGCUUUCCGUUCCAGACAUGCAGUGAUUAUUGAAACAAUUGGAGCCCUAUUAUCUACUCUUCGUACAGGAGAUCGAGAUGCUUAUCGGCAAUUCUUUAUGGACACGUUAUUGGUGGUUGAAGAUCUUCUUCAUGUUGCUUCACUAUGUGAUAAACGAAGCUCUACAGAACCACAAGAAGUAUUUUUGAGGUGUUUCAGUGUAUCAUGUGGCGGAGAUUGGAGCAACCACGAAACAACGAUAUUAAAUGAUCUCCCCUUGUGUUGUAAACCUCCUGAUGGCCAUGGCAUUCUGAUUAAUGUCAAAGGCAAAGAAAGGUGGCAGCCUUUUGCUUCUGCUUCCAUCAAGAUUCUCUGUAGAUGUUUAACCGAAGGAACUCUAUAUGUUGAAGGACUCCUUAAGAUCUCAUCUGUUUUGUCUGCAUGUACACUUCUGUGUUACGGAGAUGUUGAUGUGCAGAUGGCAUGUUUUGACUUUCUACGAAUCACUGGAGCAGCUAUGAAUCGUGAAAUGAUUCCUGCUGAGAGAUUGAUUCAAUUGAUUACGGCCAUAUUAUGCGGAGAUGAGGAUGGGCUUCCAGUCUUCAGCAAUACAGCUUAUGAUUCGUCCAUUGGCGGAUGCCUUCAUGUAUUAUACACCAAUUGUCCUGAUGACAUUGUUAGAUCGACAUCUGCCGAAUUAGUUAGUAUCUUUCCCCAUUCGUUGCUUAAAACAAGAAGUCUUGACCUGAAGGAUGCUUUAUGUCUUGCCUAUACUCGUAUUGCAAAGAGUUGCCCUCCUCAUAUCUGGAGACCUGAAUCUCUCAUACAUUUGCUUUACUCACCCACACCUAUCAUGCCUUUAAUCGAGUGCUUUCAAGUGGCUUUAUCUAGGCUUUUUCCUGAUCUUACUAGAGGUGAAAGUGUUAAUAAUGGUGUAAAAGGUUUAUCUGAUGUGCAUGAAAGUCCAAGGGCUGCAGAGAAAAGACCAGGUGAAGAUUUGGAGAUUUCAAAUGCCAAACAUCAGAAAAUUGAUGGUGAAAAUCGAUAUUCUAGUAUGAAAUAUGAAGAUGUGAUCCAGCUUAGCUAUGGAUUUGGCUCUUUGGGGGAGAAACAAUAUGCUGAUCAUAUGCACAACUCAUUGACUCUUUUUAUUAAACUUCUAAAGCCUCCUAGUCAGGAAUCCAGUUCUUUGGGCCCAGAAGUUGCAUUGACAGCUCUUAGUACACUCUGUAUUGUUUUCUGUAGAUAUCCUCAAGCGGAACUUUCAAUUCAAAUAUUCCAUCAGAUGAAUGAAUGGGUCCCUUGGGUGUGUGAAGAGGCAAAUCAGAAAUUUCCAAACCCUAUUGAUUUGCAUUUCUUUUUAGAAGCAAUUCACAACCUAUUGAUCAUAGCAGGCUCCCUUCCCAGUGAGAGUGAAUAUUUCAAGACCAAGGGCGGCAACUUAGCACUUAUGCAGUCAUUGCUAAGGCUACCAUGGACCAGAUCUCAAUCUACUGAUACCUACUCAUCAUCGAAGGCAAAGAUCCUUUCUCUGUGUGUGCUGUCUAAAAUUGGGCCUAUACUGCAAGGUGGAAAUGAUCUUGAUAUAUUGGACUUGGGACUCCAUGAUACCGCCGAGGAUGUUAGGAUUGAAGCUGUCAUUUCCAUGCCAGUGAUAUUAAUGUGGUCUGGUUGUGGUUUACUGAAUCAUAUUUUCAAGAGGCUGGAGAUCCUGGAAAAAGAGGCACAUGGUCAAAUUAACAAAGUAAUCCCGGGGUGUCUUGGUUAUUUGGCAUGCCUUUAUGGAUCCUGUACAACUGGUGUAUUAAGGAAAUGCCAAUGCAAAUUUUACUUGCCAAAGGGUAAUGUAAGACUAAAUAUGACAUUGGAUGACCUUGAGGGAGGAUUUUGGUGUUCAAAGUGUGACAUAAAUGCUGGACUUGUGAACCAAUCAAAUUCAACUGUUUUGAGUCUUCCUGACAUACACAAGAAAGAGCCUACUGCAGAUCAUGAGUAUGUUCAUUUACAAUCCAUCUUCUUCCGGCUUCUUUUUGAUGAAUCAUCAGAAGAUGUUCAAUUAGCUUGUGUAGAUGUGCUUCAGAGAAUACUCCUCCAUGGAACUGAAAGUAUUCUGCUUAAAACAAGAUCUGAAUGGUUAAAAUGUGUUGAUUUCCUACUCAUGCACGAGAAAAAGGCCAUUCGAGAAUCCUUUUCUAAACAGAUUAGUUUCUUCAUUGAGGAACCUAUUCUGAAUUGUUUGUUCUUGUAUGAGGAGGGCCACGAGGCUGCUAACAGAUCCAAAGAACAAAAGUUCAUGGACAAAAUAAAAUACGCUGUGGAAAAAGCGGAUGAUCCUCUGGUUUUCGCAACUCUUCUAGAAGCUACAGCUGAGAUUAUGAAGGUGAUUGAUGUGCAGAGCCAGUCUUUUAUGUUCUCCCUUAUUUUAUUGAUUGAACAGCUUGAUAGUCCCCAUGUGACAGUUAGAAUAAUUGCAUCAAGGUUGAUAAUAAAGUCUUGCUACUUUCAUCUUAGAGGAGGAUUUGAAUUAAUCCUGUCUCGAUUUCUUCAUAUUCGAAAUGAUUUAUUUGAUUACCUGUCUAUAAGGCUUGCAAGCCGACCCAAAAUGGUUGAAGAGUUUGCAGCAGCUAUUCUUGGCACUGAUACUGAAGAACUUGUCAAGAGAAUGGUUCCUGUUGUCCUCCCAAAGUUGGUUGUUACUCAGCAGGAUAAUCAACAAGCAAUUUUCACUUUAUAUGAGCUCGCCAAGCGCUUAAAUACAGAUAUGGUGCAACUAAUUGUUAAUUGGCUACCUAAAGUACUUGCAUAUGCUCUUCAUCGAGCCGAUGGCCAAGAAUUGCUAUCUGUUCUGCAGUUCUACCAUGAGCAGACUGGUUCUGACAAACAGGAAAUUUUUGCUGCUGCACUCCCUGCCCUUUUGGAUGAACUUGUAUGCUUCACAGACGAAGAUGAGUCAAAUGAGAUAAGUAAAAGGUUAAUGAAGGUGCCUCAGGUGAUAAAAGAAGUUUCUGGGAUUCUAACUGGUGAAGAAGAUAUUCCUGCGUUUUUAAGGAAUCAUUUUGUUGGUCUCCUAAACAGCAUUGAUAGGAAAAUGCUGCAUGCUGAGGAUAUAUCACUGCAAAGACAAGCUAUCAAGCGAAUUGAGAUGCUGAUAAGUAUGAUGGGUUCCCAUCUUAGCACUUAUGUACCAAAACUUAUGGUUCUUCUCAUGCAGGCUAUUAAUAAGGAAUCACUUCAGGGGGAUGGUCUUUCUGUUUUACAUUUUUUCAUCAAGAAGAUAGCGCAGAUAUCACCAUCUAGCACGAAGCACGUGAUUUCUCAAGUUUUUGCAGCUCUGGUUCCCUUCCUGGAGAGAGAAAGUGAAAGUUCCUCUUCUCAUUUGAAUAAAAUUGUGGAGAUCUUGGAAGAACUCGUACUUCAGAACAGAUCAAUUCUGAAGGAACACAUUGGAGAGUUUCCUCCUUUGCCUACUAUUCCUGCUUUAGAUAGGGUGAACAGAAUGAUAAGUGCGGGCCGUGGAAUGAUGACCUUGAAUGAUCAGUUGCGGGAUAUUAUUGAUGGUUUGGAUCAUGAAAAUUUGAAUGUCAGGUAUAUGGUUGCAUCUGAGUUGAGUAAAUUACUCAACCUUAGGAGGGAGGAUAUCAUGGCUUUAAUUACUAAAGUAGGAGAUGCAAACAGGGAUGUAAUGAGUGCUUUGAUCACAUCUCUGCUUAGAGGAUGUGCAGAACAAUCAAGAACAAUGGUUGGUCAGCGUCUGAAGUUGAUAUGUGCAGAUUGUCUUGGAGCACUUGGUGCAAUAGAUCCUUCAAAAGUCAAGGGAUUUUCUAGCAUGCGAUUCCAAAUUGCUUGUUCAGAUGAUGAUUUAAUUUUUGAGUUGAUUCAUAAGCAUCUGGCCCGGUCCUUCAGGGCUGCUCCUGACACCAUUAUUCAAGAUUCUGCAGCCUUGGCAAUUCAGGAACUACUAAAGAUUGCAGGCUGUGAGGCAUCUCUUGAUGACAAUGUUGUAGCUUCUACUUCACAGACAAGAGGAAAACGACUGGUGAAGUUGCCUGUAUCCAUGGUGGAUGGUAAGUUGACUGAAGUGCAGGGAAGGGGUCAGAGAUUGUGGAAUCGUUUCUCUAGUUACGUGAAGGAGAUAAUAGCCCCUUGCUUAACCUCCAGAUUUCAGCUGCCAAGUAUGUCGGAUUCCACAUCUUCUGGUCCAAUCUAUCGCCCUUCAAUGUCAUUUAGAAGAUGGAUAUUUUUCUGGAUUAGGAAACUGACUGCACAUGCAACAGGUUCUCGAGCAAGUAUUUUCUAUGCCUGUCGUGGUAUAGUCCGUCAUGAUAUGCAAAUAGCAAUGUAUCUUCUUCCAUAUUUGGUCCUCAAUGCAGUAUGUGAUGGUACUGAAGAGGCACGCUGUGGCAUAACAGAGGAGAUUUUAUCUGUUCUGAAUGCUGCUGCAUCAGAGUAUAGCACUGAUGUUGUUAACGGUAUAAGUUCAGGGCACAAUGAAGUUUGCAUUCAAGCUGUAUUUACUCUUCUUGAUAAUCUUGGUCAAUGGGUGGAUGACGUACAACAGGAACUUUCACUUUCCCAGUCUAUUCAAACUUCCAGUUCGAAGCAACAAGCUCUCAAGUCAAAGGAGAAGGCCAUCAAUCUGUCAGGUGAUUCUGACCAGGUGCUUAUUCAAUGUAAACAUGUCUCUGAACUCUUGGCUGCAAUUCAUAAAAUGACUCUUGCAAGGGCAUCUUUCAGAUGCCAAGCUUAUGCAAGGUCCCUUUUGUACUUUGAAUCUCAUGUGCGGGAGAAGUCAGGAUCAUUUAAUCCUGCCUCUGAGAAGAGUGGCCUCUUUGAGGAUGAAGACAUCUCAUUUCUGAUGGAAAUAUAUAGUGGGUUGGAUGAACCAGAUGGCUUGUGUGGAUUUGCUUCCUUACGCAAGUCGAAGAGCUUGCAAGAUCAUCUAUUGAUAAAUAAGAAGGCAGGAAACUGGGCAGAAGUAUUGACUUCUUGUGAGCAGGCUUUGCAGAUGGAACCAACUUCUGUCCAGAGGCAUUCAGAUGUUGUCAACUGCUUGCUAAACAUGUGUCAUUUGCAGGCCACAGUCACCCAUGUAGAUGGAUUAUUAUCUAGAAUACCUAAAUACAAGAAAACUUGGUGUAUGCAAGGUGUCCAGGCUGCAUGGAGGCUUGGAAGGUGGGACUUGAUGGAUGAAUACCUUAAUGGGGCUGAUGAAGAAGGUUUAGUAUGUAGCAGUUCUGAGAGUAAUGCUUUAUUUGACAUGGAUGUCGCUAAGAUUCUUCAAGCAAUAAUGAAGAGAGAUCAGUUCUCCGUUGCUAAGAAAAUUACUUUGUCGAAACAAGCUCUGAUUGCUCCUUUGGCUGCUGCGGGCAUGGAUUCUUAUGCUAGAGCUUACCCCUUUGUCGUCAAGCUUCACAUGCUGCGGGAGUUAGAGGAUUAUAGCAGUCUCCUUGGUGGUGAGUCUUUCUUAGAAAAAUCAUUCAUACUAUGUGAUUCAGAUUUCUCAAAACUAAUGGAAAGCUGGGAAAAUCGGCUCAAACUCACUCAACCAUCUCUCUGGGCUAGGGAACCACUCUUGGCUUUUCGGAGAUUAGUUUUUGGUGCAAGUGGUCUUAAUGCUCAAGUUGGGGAGUGCUGGAUUCAAUAUGCAAAGCUCUGUCGUUCUGCUGGUCAUUACGAGACAGCAAGUCGAGCAAUUCUAGAAGCCAAGGCCUCAGGUGCACCUAAUGUUCACAUGGAAAAGGCUAAGCUUCUGUGGAGCACCAGACGAGCUGAUGGUGCCAUUGCUGAGCUGCAGCAGACCCUUCUGAAUAUGCCUGUUGAGGUUGUAGGCUCUGCAGCAAUAUCAUCAAUCACUAGCCUCUCAUUGGUUCCAUUGAACCCACAGCCUCUACUUUGUGGCACUCAGUCUUCCAAUGAGAAUAGUGGCGUUGCCAAAACUCUCCUACUCUAUUCAAGGUGGAUACAUUACACUGGUCAAAAGCAGAAGGAAGAUGUGAUUAGUCUGUACUCUAGGGUGAAGGAAUUACAGCCCAAGUGGGAAAAGGGAUACUUUUACUUGGCAAAAUACUGUGAUGAACUACUUGUUGAUGCCCGAAAAAGGCAGGAUGAUAAGGAGCAGUGUUCAAAAGCAGUCCCAGUGAAUUCGACCCUUGUUGCUGCCAUCAGUAUGAACACUGAGAGAAGUUGGUGGUCAUAUCUUCCUGAUGUGCUCUUAUUUUAUGCAAAGGGCCUUCACAGGGGCCAUAGGAAUCUAUUCCAAGCCCUUCCUAGAUUGUUGACACUGUGGUUUGAUUUUGGUAGCGUUUAUCAUAUAAGCAGCUCUCGAGCCAAUAAAGAAUUGAAAACAAUCCAUGGGAAGGUUCUGAGCAUCAUGCGAGGUUGUUUAAAUGAUUUUCCAACAUAUCAGUGGCUAACUGUUCUCCCUCAACUGGUUUCCAGAAUUUGCCAUCAGAAUGAAGAAAUUGUUCGGUUGGUGAAAUACAUAAUAACAAGUGUUCUCCGGAAAUACCCUCAACAAGCCCUUUGGACAAUGGCAGCUGUUACAAAAUCUACGGUUCCUUCAAGAAGGGAGGCUGCUGCUGAGAUUAUAAAUGCUGCAAGAAGAAAGUCCAAUGAAGCAAGUGUUAGUUCUUUGUUUGCGCAGUUUGCUAUGCUCAUUGAUCACCUAAUCAAGCUAUGUUUCCAUCCUGGUCAAACAAAGGCAAGAACAAUUAAUAUUUCAACUGAAUUUAGUGCUUUGAAGCGGAUGAUGCCAGUGGAAAUCAUAAUGCCAACCCAACAGUCCCUUACUGUCAAUCUACCUACAUAUGAUGUCAAUACACCUGAGUCCAUUACAUCUGAAAUCUUCUAUUCAGAAGACCUUCCUAUGAUUUCAGGAAUUGCAGAUGAGGCUGAUAUUCUUUCCUCGCUUCAGAGACCAAAGAAAAUUAUUCUUUUGGGAAGUGAUGGAAUUGAGCGUCCAUUCCUUUGCAAACCCAAGGAUGAUCUCAGGAAAGAUGCACGUAUGAUGGAAUUCAAUGCUAUGGUUAAUCGUCUACUAUCUAAGUGCUCUGAAAGUCGUAGGAGGAAGCUUUAUAUUCGCACAUUUGCAGUAAUACCACUGACAGAAGAUUGUGGUAUGGUUGAGUGGGUUCCUCAUACCCGUGGGCUUCGACAAAUACUCCAAGACAUUUACAUAAGCUGUGGAAAAUUUGAUAGACAGAAAACAAAUCCUCAAGUUAAGCGUAUUUACGAUCAGUGCCUGGGUAAAAUGCCAGAAGAUGAAAUGCUGAAGAACAAAAUCCUUCCAAUGUUCCCUCCAGCUUUCCAUAAAUGGUUCUUGAACAUGUUUUCAGAACCAGCUGCUUGGUUCAGGGCUCGGGUUGCAUAUGCUCAUACUACGGCUGUUUGGUCAAUGGUUGGCCAUAUAGUGGGCCUUGGAGAUAGGCAUGGCGAAAACAUCCUCUUUGAUUCAACCACUGGUGACUGUGUUCAUGUUGAUUUCAGCUGCUUAUUUGACAAAGGUUUGCAGUUAGAGAAACCUGAACUGGUGCCUUUCAGACUAACACAGAACAUGAUUGAUGGCUUGGGCAUUACUGGUUAUGAAGGAAUCUUCCUAAAGGUUUGCGAGAUCACACUUUCUGUAUUACGGGCACAUAGAGAGACACUAAUGAGUGUCCUUGAAACUUUCAUCCAUGAUCCUCUGGUGGAAUGGACUAAAUCUCAUAAAUCUAGUGGGGUGGAGGUCCAAAAUCCUCAUGCACAGCGAGCAAUCAGUAACAUAGAAGCACGGUUGCAAGGAAUUGUUGUUGGUGUCGGAGCUGCACCAUCGUUGCCUCUUGCUGUGGAAGGGCAAGCUCGUCGUCUGAUUGCUGAAGCUGUUUCACAUAAAAAUCUUGGCAAAAUGUAUAUAUGGUGGAUGCCGUGGUUUUAAACCUCUGUGAUGCCAAUCAUUCACAAUAGAUAUAUCUAUGUUCAAAUUGAAUUCUGCAAAAUUAGUUAAAACCGUCAGCAUCGAAUUCUGCAAAAUUGGUUGUGACCUUGUCAGGCAUCUCUGGGAAGAUACAGUCUGUAAGUAAACCAUUUACUUUUUUGAAAAUAAAAGAAAGUACAUGCUCUGCCCUUCCAAAUGUUCUUAUAGUGCUCUUCAUGUCCAUGUGGAUCAUUCGAUGAGCAUGUGUGCAUGAAAUGAUACAUUUUGGAGGCACCUCAAGGAGGAUGUGGUUGAAUAGUGACUGGCAGGCUGUAAUACACUUUCAGUAGACAGUACGACUUCUUGUAAGAAGAUCCUCCAGUCUUCCUUGGAAUAUGUUCGUGUGCACUGAAUAUAUUUUCUAGCACCUGUAGAAAUCUUGGUUGAUUGGUUGGUUUGAUUUGCUCAGCAGGACUUCCAAUUGCUGAAGUUGAUGUCCACUUGGAACCCCAACAUUCAUAUGAUAACCAAGUAUUAGGUGCUCGAGUAGCUCUUGAAGAGUGAUUUUUCAGCAAACAUGCUGAUGGUUCAAUGGCUGAGGAUGAUUAUUCCCACAAGUCACAUACUUCUAAGUUGUCGAAUUGAUUAUGAAGAUAAAAAGCAGUUGAGGGGUAUAAGGGAACUGGCUAGGAUUAACAAAAUGGAUUUGAAGCCACCCUGUUUUCCAAUUAUGCGUGCAUGUAACACCUCAGGUGAUGGAUCAGCCAUUUGUGCAAGUCAAAUUUUAGCCCCCACCUUAACAGAGAAAAGUCCUCAAACAGGUGAUGCUGGAACAGAACUGGCCAUAAUAUUGAGGUGAUGUAUUCCGCUGUGGCUUGAAUUAUGCGUUGAAAUGAAGGUGAUGACUGAUGAUAUUGGUCUUGCAAAGUCUCUUUUUCUUAAUCCCAGUGCCCUUGAGUCCCCAUACAUAUGUAUUUAUUUCUUUUCCUUGAGGGUGAAUUCAGGUUCUUUUGACCCCUGUGACCAAUAAACAUAUAUGACUUUAUUUCUCUUUACGUAAACUAUACACCUUGAAUUUUCCAUUUGUAAGAAUGUAUGUAUACUGAAACGCAAAAAUCCAUUUGAAGGGAAUCAAUCCACGUUGAUUGUUAA